AUGAACACCGGUAGAGAUGACUUGGAGAAGUCGUUGGAGGCCAGGAAGAUGGAUUUAGCUCGCAAGAUUGAAGAGUUGAAGGAGAAGAAUCGCCGAGCGAAGGAGGAGUUGUCGAAGGCCAAGUCGGAGACCUCAAAUGUCAGAUCAUUGUUGCAGCAGCAGAAACGCGAACUCACGGCCGUUCGCGAUAAGCUAGCUGCUCAGGGCCGCAAGCUGGCUGACGCAGGAAGCAUCCGUGUGUUCUGCCGUGCGAGGCCGCUGUCAGAGGUUGAGGAAAAGUUUGGUGCUCAGCCGGCAGUGCUGCUGGAUUCCGAUCCUCAUGGCAGCCAGAUGGUGUCGGUGCGGUCAGCCAAGGACGGACAGAGCAAGGUGUUUGAGUUCGACCGGGUCUUCUCUCCCACCACCAGUCAAGCUCAAGUGUUCAAGGAGGCAGCUGACGUCAUCACGUCGGUUCUUGACGGGUACAACGUGUGCAUCUUCGCGUACGGGCAGACGGGCACGGGCAAGACGUACACGAUGGAGGGCCCCGCGGAGAACAGGGGCGUGUCGUUCCGUACGCUGCAGGAGCUGUUCCGACUGGCGAAGGAGCGACGGGACAGCAUGGAGUACAAGAUCGUGGUGAGCGUGCUGGAGGUCUACAACGACACCAUUCGCGACCUGCUAGCUCCAACCGGCGGACACGCUGCACCCAACAACAAGAAGGGUCUGGAUGUGAAGCAGAGGCCAGAGGGUGGAAACUACGUGCCUGGGUUGGUGGAGCAGGAGGUGGGGAGUGUGGAGGACGCAUGGAAGGUGCUCACGUCCGGCUCCAAGGCGCGUGCCACCAGCGCCACCAGCAUGAACGAGCACUCCAGCCGAUCCCACUGCCUCGUCUGCGUGUCCGUGCACGCCCAGCCAGCGGCGUUCCUGCGGUCCAGCAAGGAGAAGGAGGGAGCAGGAGGCUCCGAUGCAAGUGCGAGUGCGGGGACAGUGAGUCGCCUGUGGCUGGUGGACCUGGCGGGCAGCGAGCGCGUGGGCAAGAGCGAGGCGGAGGGCGAGCGGCUCAAGGAGGCGCAGAACAUCAACCUGUCGCUCUCGUACCUGGGAGAGGUCAUCAACGCCCUCGCCAAACGCGCCAGCUUCGUCAACUUCAGGAACUGCAAGCUGACGAUGCUGCUGCAGGACUCGCUGGAAGGGAACGCCAAGGUGCUCAUGUUCGUGCAGGUCAGCCCGAGUGACAAGGACACUGUGGAGACCGUGUGCUCGCUGCAGUUCGCCUGCCGGGUGCGCGGGGUGGACUUCGGCGCUAGCAAGAAGCAGACCGACGUUCCCCGACUCAAGCAAGCGCUGGAGAAGGCCAAGGCUGACUGCAAGGAGGUGAAGGAUGCGUAUCAGAAGCAGAGCGAGGAGCUGGAGGAAGUGAGGCGCAAGACAGCCACGGAGAAGGAGAAGCUUGUCUCAGAACUGCAGAUGCAGAUCCAGGAGCGCCAGAAGGAAUAUCAGGACCUGAUGGAUGCUCUGGAAAAGGAGAAGGCGCGUGCGCUGCAACAGGCGCAACAGCAGCAGCAGCAGCAACAGCUGCAGCAGGCCAAGGCAGACUUUUCCAAGCAGCCAUCAGUCUCAGCAGACUCACUUCAGGUGGCUCUGCUAGGGCCACAGGCAGAGGAGGAGAAGGGUGAGCACGAGCCCCACUGUGAUGCGAGCCUGGAGCAGACCAGUGAUGCAGGGGAGGAGGAGGAGAAGGGUGGUGUGGUUCUGAAGCAGGCUGGUGACAGAGUGGUCUCCCAGACUGCAGAUGCCGUGAAGGGUAGAGCAGGUGCUGCCACUGGUGCUUCUGAGAAACGGGUGGGGCCAGGCAGAGUCCCGGCUAGGAUUCCUGCAGGAUCCUCUGUUGCAGGAGGGGCAUCCGCUCAGAAGGCAGUUGUGGCAGUGACAGCUUCCGGAGUUCCCAAGGCAAGGUUGCUGGGGAGCAAGAUUCCUUCGAGAUCUGCUUCUUGCUCCACGACGGAAACAGGUGUUUCUGUUGUUGCUGCUGCUGCUGCUGAUGGAGGCUAUGCUGGCGCUGGCGCUGGCUCUGAUGCAGUAGCAGAAGCGGCCGAAGCUGUGCGUGUGGCUCGCAAGCGGACUGGAAGGAUGUCCCUAUCUGUGCUUCCUGGAAGCCGCACUGGAGGUGCAUGGGCGGGCUGUGGCAAGGGGGAGAGGCGACGUGAAGCAUGGGACGACUAUGCUAUGCUAGGUUAUGCACCCGCUGCCAAGAAGAUGAUGCUGCGUAGGGCCACGGCGACUGAUGCUGUUGGGUUGGAGAUCGGAGAAAGGCUGGAGAGGCUAGAGGAGUCAGGAGCUGGGAUGGAUGGCGACCAAAAGACUUCCGGAACGGAGCUGGAUGCAGUAGGGGCGGUGAAAACCCGGAAGCCUGGCAGGCCACCUUUGGCUGGGCUGCGAGUGAACAAAGUGGUGGUCGGGCGGGAGUGGUAUGACGAGUGGAGGAGGCAGUCUGCCGAUGUGACCAAGGGGUUGAAGCGCAAUCCGAAUGGCAGUGCCGGUGCAGCAGCUGAAGGAGACAAGACGAGCGUGGCUUGUGAUGCCGAGGGUGUGGAUGUGUGUGGUGAGAAGAAGGUUGAGGAGGAGGAGCAGGGAACGCGUCAACAGCAGCUGGUGCCGCUUCAGCACUACCAUGUGUUCACUGCUGGGACUGCUGCUGCUUCUGCUGCUGCUGGAGAGAAAGGGCACGAGGCAAUACCACAGCACAGCGACUCUGUUAUGGCGGCCAAAUUAGCUGCUGCCGCUGUCGCCCUCUCCGCCCGCGCUCGCCACACCCGAACUCCCUGGCUCGGCCUGUGCUCUGGUAACUACCCUCUCCACCCGUUCACCCCUUCUCGCCACUUCGAUUCCCCGCCGCAUUCCGUCCCUUCCGCUGCAACUUCUGCGAAGGACUCCAAUCCCGCCACACCUGUCAGUCCGCCAUCCUUAGAUUGGUCGCCGGAGAGACUGCAACAGCAGGCGCUGCCGCUGAAGCCGGCGCAAUUCGCGGGGGCUGGCGGCGGACUGGGCGCGGGGGCAGUAGGGAGACGCGGAGAGGCGGCGGCUGGAAAUGCGGCGGCUGUGGAACCGGGAGCGAGCAGACAGCGGUCGCACGGCGUGCACGUGUUUCAAUGCAAGGACCGGCUGGGAAUAGUGGCGCGCAUAUCGGAGUGCGUGGCGUCGAGGCACGCGAAUCUUCUCAACGUGGAUCUGCACAUCGACUUUGAGGCUCCCACGCCCAUCUACUACUCCCGCAGUGAGUUCUCGUUUGACCCGGCGCGGUGGCCGCGGCAGCAGAUGCAGGAGGACUUUGCAGCGCUGGGCGCGGAGCUGGGCGCGGAGAGGUCAAAGGUGCACGUCAUGGCAUCGGACAAGCGCCUGCGCAUGGCCGUGUUGGUUUCACAGCAGCAGGUGGGUUGCGGGGGAGACGGUGGGGGGGUGGUGGGUAGUGGGGAAAGGGGUGACCUAAACAAUGCAGAGGCCCUCUGGGGGGGAAGGGUUGGGUGGGUAAGCACAGUGAAGCUGGGAGCAGAGAGGUCCAAGGUGCACGUCAUGGCGUCGGACAAGCGCCUGCGCAUGGCCGUGCUCGUGUCACAGCAGGUGGGGAUGGGAGAGGGUGGGGAGAGGGGGGGGAACUGGGGGAAGGGGUGA